AUGAUUCCUCAAAUGCUUUUCAACGAUAACGACUUUCAAGAUGAUUUCCUCCUCCAUACACUAGAUCCUAAGGAUGACCUCAAUAAUAGCAACGGUGCGCUCACCGCCAUCUCUGACGAAUCUUUGCCCGAUCUUAUGGACGACAGCAAUUUCGAAGGAAGCGAAUUCUUGCAGUCUGACAAUGUUGGAUUCGUCACACCCAACCACAGCUUUUCCGAAAUUACUCCAGAGAAAGAAAUCGUCAUGCCAAUUGUUGUUGUUUCCCAAAAGAUCAAGACUGUCCGCACACAAUCUGAAAAGCCAACUCCAUUUGACGUCCUCUGCGGACAAUCCCGAACAUGUGCCAACCACAGUGGAAACAAGAGAUUCCAAGCUACAUUGGACAUGUACGCUUCAAAAUAUGACGCUGCCAAGAGCAAGCAAGAAAAGAUGACUUUGACCAAAGAAAUUGUUGGACGCAUUGCUGACAAUGGUGGAAGAUUCCUCAAGUUCAAGAGCAACAAUUGGGUCGAAAUUGCCAACGUUACAGCCCGUGACAAGGUCAGCCAUGCUCUUCGCACCAAGGUCCAAUCUUGGAAGCGUCAACAAGCAAGCUCUUCGUCAAAGAAGGCCCCCUCCAUUCGCAAGCGUCGUCACAGUCGCCGCGCGUCCUCUGCAGCCCCCAGCUUGACCGAAUGCAAGGCAGUCUCCUUUGAUGGAAGCACUGCCUCUUCAACUUCGGUAAUGGAUGAACUCCUCCGAACUCAAAGAGAGAUUUUCGAAAAGCUCACUCAAUCGAAUGAAAUGCAUCCAUUGAAGUAA